AUGACCACAUUAUCCUUUAUAUUCAAUAGCAACGGUUAUGAAUCCGAAGAACAACAGAAAAGAAAGAACCGUCUACUCAGACUAUCACAUCAGCAAACAACAAAUAGUGAAACGGGACUAGCAGAUGAUAGGCAUUCUGUUAGCUUGAAGAUCAUAUCAACCAAACACGCUGAUCACCUCUUCUUCCUCCCAAUGCCAAAGCCCGUUUUAGGCCCGGAACGACGCACCAACCCUUUAAUCUGGUGUGUUGCCACACUCUGUACCUUCAUAACCCUAGCCGUGAUCAUCACUGGCCUCGUUGUCUUCAUUGGAUACAUGAUCGUCAGGCCAAAAGUUCCUCAAAUGAGUGUCGUGAGUGCAAAUGUGGACAAUUUUUCCUAUGACAUGUCUAGUAACCUAAUUGUCAAGGUUUCAAUUGUUAUCAACGCUGAAAAUGACAAUGCAAAAGCCCAUGCAAGUUUCUAUGAGACAAUUUAUACACUCACUUUCCAUGGUGUCAAAGUUGCUUAUUUAAGAGCUGACCCUUUUGAUGUACCUCAAAAUAGCUCAACUCCGUUGUAUUAUCCAGUGGAGUCAACGUCGAUUUCGUUGACUCCCGAAGAAGGAGAAGUUGCUGAAAUGUCAUUGGAUCAGAAACAAGUAGUUCUUUAUCUCAAAGGGAAUACAAGGACUAGGUGGAGAGUAGGGUUUAUUGGUUCUGUUAAGUUCUGGCUGCAUCUUAAUUGUCAGCUUAAGUUACCAUUAGAUGGAAGUACUAUUUACCCAAAAAAAUGCAGCACCAAAUCUAGAUAA